GACCUCCCCUUAGUGAUAAAACUCCGCUGUCAAAUGAAUGUGUUCUUUAUUUUCUGACUAUUUUCUCUCGUUUUGUUGACGUGAGAUCGAGUUGACAGGUUUAAAGAUGGUUACUCGGUAAAAUAAACGUUUCCUGUCUUUAAUAAGAGAUAAUUCUGCCCUUUUAGCUUAGCUAGCGGUUAGCAUUGUUAGCAUUGUUAGCAUUGUGUUUCCUCAGCCGGUCGCUGACCGCUAACGUGCUAAUGACACGUAGCAGCGGAUAAAACACCAUUUUAAAGAAGUAAAAAAAAAAGUCUGUCACUUUUUAUAUAUGACUUUUCUGCCUUUUAAACUCUUGUGUCACACGGGACAGAGAAAGCGGGUUUGUUGUCUGGUUCAAUGCUAACAGUUCAAAACUACACUCGGUUCAUCGAGUCGUUUUGUCAUCACUGCUGGAACCUGGAGGUUUUAUUACAUGGCGGUUUGGAUUUGCGCGAGCCGACUGUUCAACCGACUGACACCGUGUGCACGAGCGCACCUGUAUUCACGAGCACACCUGUGCUCACGAGCGCGCAUCAGUAACUUCCCAGUGUGUGUAGUUUUACUGAGAAAACCACCAGCAUGGAGUCUGUGCUGGAACCAAAGAGCAACUUUAUCAGCACCAAACAGAAGCUUCAUCAGUCUCCCUAACAAGAGGAAGCAAUACUCCGAGCGACGCAUCAUGGGAUACUCCAUGCUGGAGAUGUAUGACGUGGUAGCGAACGUGGACGAAUACAAACACUUUGUUCCGUGGUGUAAAAAGUCCCAGACCAUAAUGAAAAGAGCAGGUCACGCUAAAGCUCACUUGGAGGUGGGGUUUCCGCCGAUGGUGGAGAGGUACACGUCUAUGAUCACCAACGUUCGGCCACAUCUCGUCAAAGCUGUUUGUUCAGAUGGAAAGUUGUUCAACCAUUUAGAGACGAUAUGGCGGUUCAGCCCGGGAAUUCCCGGAUAUCCCAGAACCUGCACUGUGGACUUUUCUCUCUCGUUCGAGUUCCGUUCGGUCCUGCACUCGCAGCUCGCCACCAUGUUCUUUGAUGAGGUUGUGAAGCAGAUGGUGGCAGCGUUUGAGAGCCAAGCCAGGAAACUCUACGGCCCUGAAACACGCAUCCCCAGAGAACUCAUGUUCCAUGAAGUGCAUCAGACGUGAUGUGGUCGCGGUGACAGUGACCGAGACCCGCAGACCAGCCCCCAGACCAGACCACCCCACCCCAUCAACACACACACACACACACACACACACACCAGAGGUUUUAUUUUUAUACCACAGACUUGUAGGUCUUGCAGUGGAACCGUUCUGAGUCUGAGAGUAAGACCUUAGCUGGAAGAGUGAGUUCAAACCUCGUCUCAGUUCUGAACGACAUCAAUGGUAGUUAUUUUUAUCAUUAUAUAAUUUAGACUUUAGUUUUUGAAUCAUCGAUCCUAGUAGUCCAUCAAAGAACAUUUGCUUUCAUGUUAAUGCUAUUUUAUGUGCAAUCUUGGAUUAUUUAUUGGCAGGUUGUCUAGAGUCAGGGCUACACUGCAGAAUGCUGUAAUUACUGUAAAGCGCAAGGAUAAAGAUGUCGUUCCAGUACAACUGAAAGUGGGCGAUACGGCGAACGCAUCAUAUCACGUUAUGAUGGACAUUUUUGUGAUGCACCGCACAUACCGCUGGGGUUGGUAUGGUGCUCUGUGACGCUAUCAGGACACUGAUACUGUCGUCGUAUCGCCCAGAAUGGAUUAUAAUAAACCAAUACAAUAAUA